AUGUUGUCAUCCCUGGCAUUUUUGGCAGUGCCAUUGCUACUCGCUGGCUUACAGGCUACCGCAGUGGGCGCAAUCUCGCCCAUUUCCGCCGUCGGCUCCAAGUUCUUCUACGAGAACGGCACCCAGUUCUACAUCAAGGGUAUUGCUUAUCAGCUUACCCCAAGUGACCCGCUUGUCGACACUGCCCAAUGCAAGCGCGAUAUUGCUCGGAUGUCCGAGCUGGGCACCAACGCGAUCCGUGUGUACCACGUGGAUCCCCAUGCUGAUCACAAGGGCUGUAUGUCGGCGCUCGCCGAUGCUGGAAUCCACUUGUUCGUCGAUUUGGACACUUUCAAUACCCAGAUCGAACAGAACGAGCCUCACUGGAACCAGACCCAGUUUGAUCACUUCAAGGAGGUGCUCGAUGAAUUCCAAAAGUUCGACAACACUGCCGGUGUCCUGGUCGGAAAUGAGGUGCUCACCACGGCCGAUGGCUCCGCUGCUGCCCCCUAUGUCUUGGCGGCUGCUCGCGAUAUCAAGGACUACCGUGAUAAGAAGGGCUAUCGCGAGAUCCCCGUUGGCUACUCUGCAGCUGAUAUUGCUGAUCUGAGACCUAUGCUGCAAAACUACAUGGCCUGUGCCAAGAAUGCAUCCGAGCGCUUGGACUUUUACUCGCUGAACGCCUACGAAUGGUGCGGUGAGUCUAGUUAUGAACAGUCUGGAUACAAUAUUCUACAGAAGAACGCGACUGACUACCCAAUCCCUAUCUUCUUCUCCGAGACUGGCUGCAACACCCCCUCACCUCGCACGUUCGAGGACCAGGCCGCCAUCUUUGGUGAGCACAUGUCUGAUACUUGGUCUGGAUCGGUUAUAUACGAGUGGAUUGAGGAGACAAACGACUAUGGGUUGAUCAGCUACGGACCUUCUGUCGACGCUGCGACUGCGACCGCGAGCAGCAUCGAGGAUGGCUUUACCCGCAGGGGCACACCGACGCCCGUGUCCCCUGAUUUUAAGAACCUCAAGUCUCAGUGGGCUACUCUGCACCCGACCGGAGUUGCCCUUUCCGCCUAUCGCAAGAGCGCAUCCAGCCUCACCGCCAUCGAGUGUCCUGCCUCGACCUCUGGUGGAUGGGCAGUUGACCCAAGCUCGCCGCUUCCUACCUUGGGACAGACCUUUAAUAAGAAGGGAUCUGAUUCCACAACGACCGGUAAGAACAACAAGGCUACUAUUGUUGGCUCAAGCGGUUCUGCCACUGCAUCGGCAACAAAGGAAGGCACUGCGCACUUUGUGACCGUCGGCUCGCCAGUUACUGAGCGCUUGCUUGCUGGAUCUUUGGUGCUGUCUGGUCUGCUGGGUGCCGUUGCCAUUUGGCUUUGA